AUUUAUCAAAAUAUUCAAAUUCCUGAUUAUGUUAUUACAAUUUACGUGCAAAAAUGAGCGAUACCGACCUAGAACUGUUAAUCCAAUACCCUUUAAUACAAAAACACGUGAACAACAACGAAAUAACUUACAAAGGAAUCGUUGAAAUAAACGAUGAAGAUUUUCGAAUUGAACUAAAACAAACGCAGAAUUUCUUUAAAUUCACCGAACUGAACGACUUAAAUGGACACACAAGUGAAUUGAACACCCUUUUAGUGGACAAACGAAACGUUUUGGAUGUGCUAAGAACUUUCAAAGACUUCGUCAUUAAAACGCUGCCUAAAUGUGCCAAAAUUAACCCGGUUUCGCGUUACAGAACGGUUCUACAACAAUACAAUGAAUUUACAAAGUUUUACCUCAACUUAAAGACAUGUAGAUUGUUACCUGAUUUAACGAGGAUUUGUUUAUCAUUUACGGAUGACGGGCAACGAAUACACGGCUUGGAAAUAGCCGUCGACCCGGCGGAGAAAAUUAAUUACUUCAAGUUGGAGAACUACGAUUUGCCCAAGCAAAAAUUCAAAAUAAACUCCAACUUAAUUGUGUUGUUCGAGGAGGUUUUGGGUGUUGUUGACCAAUUGCAGCCAUAUUUCAAUUUUAUGGAUACCUUGGACAGCUCGUCGUGCGUUUUGGAUCCGCUGCAUGCUAAAAAGUGCGACAGUUAUAGGAGAAUUAACCUUGGUGAGAAUGCCUCUGUUUUGGUCACAGUGGACCCGUACAACGUUAAUCAGCGGCCCGAUUUGAAGUUUUUGGGGCCGGAACGUAUUGUUGAUUUGUACAGGAGUAGACUAAAUGAUAAUCUUGAAUCUUGGGAUUAUAACAAUGAUCCUUUUCAACAACUCUUACAUUUAUUAGGUCUGGAAGAGUUCCCUCAAAACAAUAAACAAUCAAAUUCCGAUAUGGAGUUGUUGAAGAACGACCAGGAGUGCGCAAUUUGUUAUUCAUUUAAUUUAGGACAAAAAGUUCCAGAUGUUGUUUGUAAAAAUGAGAGUUGUGAGAAUGUUUUCCACAAUGAAUGUUUGUUUGAGUGGUUGAUGUCUAUUAAUGCUAAAAGAGUUUAUUAUGAGAUUAUUGGAUCCUGUCCAAAUUGUGAAAAGCCAAUUUCUUGUAUAAAUCCACUGAACUGAACGAAGACGUUACUAGAAAAACAAUGUUUUUAUAUAUUAUACCAAAUUUUGUUAAAAUAUUUUUGAUUCAAUAAAAAUAUGUUAUCU